AAGCUCGUUUCAUUUUUGGUGGAAUCCUUUCAUUUGCAACCUACCGGACGUCCUUACAAUGACGUUUGAUUAACCUUGAAUUUUUUCGGACCUAUUUCCGCUCAUUUUAUUGUUGUUUACCUUUUAAAUUACUCGAGGAAGUCGUUUUCCUUUAGCCCACAUUUUAGAAUGGCCCUCAAUAACUUUUUGGACUUCUUUCAGAAGGAAAAGACUUUUAGACCUAGGAAAAAGUUUGCUCAUGGCACAAUAAGAUACAGCUUGCAUAAGCAAGCUUGUGCUAGUUUAAACUCUGGCAUAAAUCUGAGAAAUGCUGUUAAAUUACCUUCAGGGGAAGAUUUGAAUGAUUGGGUAGCCGUGCAUGUUGUGGAUUUCUUCAAUAGAAUCAAUCUCAUUUAUGGUACAAUUUCUGAAUAUUGUACGGACCAGACAUGCCCAACUAUGUCUGGUGGGCCACGCUUUGAAUAUUUGUGGGCCGAUGGGGUUAAGUACAAAAAACCAACACCCCUACCGGCUCGAGAGUAUAUCAGCAACCUUAUGGAUUGGAUUGAGAUACAAAUAAAUAACCAAGCGCUAUUUCCUUGUACCUCAGAUCUUCCCUUUCCAAAGAAUUUCCUCAGUCACUGUAGCAAAAUCUUAGCGAGAUUACACAGAGUUUUCGUCCACGUUUAUAUACAUCAUUUUCAAAACAUCGUGACAAUAGCAGCCGAAGCUCACGUUAAUACCUGCUAUAAACAUUUCUACUAUUUCGUGACUGAGUUUGAUCUGGUCAGUACCAAAGAAUUAGAGCCAUUACGUGAGAUGGCUUCUAAAAUUUGCAAGGAUUCACCUGAGUAAUACCCAUCAGUGGGAUGUCGUAAUUUAAGUUAAAAUUGUUAAGUAAUGUCCUCAAUUGAAAUGCAGUCUGAUUUUAAAGGAAUAGUGUAAGAGUAAGUAAUCAAAAACAAUAUCUUCUUGAAUUUUCCGUAUACUGUUGUAUUAAUUUAGCAAGUAUUGAAAAAAAAUUGUGUAGACUCUCCAGAACUCGAGAGUAAAAGUACUUAAAUGCCAUAUUCUUUAAGAAUUGAAGAGGAAGUUUCCUCGAAAUUGAUAUUUUUCAAAUGGGAGAUGAGAGUGAUAGGAAAGUGAUAUGUAAACUCAAUUUUGAUAGUAGUUUUAGCGGUAAUUCACUUUAUCACAGUAGCUUUCGAAAUAGUUCAGAUUGAAGUGAAAAUUUCGAAAUAUUACGAGUUUAUCCUUCGAGGCUUUCUGUUUGGGUUGUUUGUUCAUUUGUUGCGUAUUUAUCAUCAUCUGUGAUUUAUUUAAUGUUGAUUGUAUAUCAGGUUUUAAUUUAAUCAUUUAUUGAGUCAUUUUAGAGACUGAUUAACCACCAUAGUUUCAUUAAUCAUAAACGCUCUACAUAAUUGUUAAUUUUUAAUAUUAACUUUUUGAGGUCAGUGUUGAUUUUUGGUUUAAUUUUCCCCUAAGUCCGAAGUUUGUGUUUUCCAUAAGGAGCCUUUGAAUUGUAUGCCUUCAACGAGAAAAUUGAGUGAUAAUUGAUUGGAAUUUUGGAAUGUAUAAGGAUAUUUUUGGGAAGAUAUGUUGUAAUCUCAACCAAAGACCAUUAUCGUGAUGGAAAUUGAUAUUAAUAAAAAAUAUUCUCCAGUA